UCUCUACUCUCGAUCUCUUCUGCACAUUUAUUUUCAGUACUUCAUAUCAUCUAAACUUUUUUUUAAGCUUCCACAAAUGGCUUCAUCAUCAUCCUCUGUAAACAACAUUGACUUAAGCAUUGCUCUUGCAAUACAACUCAAUGUUAUGCCUGAUGCACAUCCCGACAUUCCUGCUGUACACCCUGACGUACUUGUUGUACAUCCUGACGUGCUUGCUGUACACCCCGAUGUAUGGCAGCCAACCUUUACUUUUGAUGAUCGUCCUAUCACCAUUCACGAUACUGUCGUGCUCCACGAUUCUACUGCUGUGGCAGUGGCUAAAGGUCUUGCAACUCCACGAGAUCAAACAUUGUUGGCUGAUAGGUCUGAUUUUGACGCUAUUAAUAAUUCCUUGGCGUAUAGUAUCCAAGGUGCUGCUUCAGUUUCUGACAUGGCACGACGUUUGAGUGUCAGAAAUGUGGAGAUAAAAAUCUUAAGAAAUCAAGUUGAGGUCUUACAGCAACAGCUCAAAUACUACAAACAAAAAGUGGUAGAAAUGGAGAAGACUGCCGGACAUCUCCAGCAACAACAUGAAAAGCUACAGGUAGAUGUCUAGGAGUGUCGCAUGUCUCUCGGCCCAAGCUCUAGUCAGAAGUGAUCUCUUGGAGUAGCUCUGUGAAUGCAUCCGCUCGUCAUUACUACAAGUCUCUUUAUGCAACAACUUUUUUUUUUAUUCGAAUUAAUGAACACUGAUUUGUAAUAUUAUAAGGAGCUUGCUCUCCGAACAUUUCCUUUUUGCUUUGUAAUCAUAGUAGCUUCAUA